CAAACCAAAUAACCUAGAUAAGCCACAAAAACUUGUUUUAGUGUUUCCCAUAAUAACUAUCAAUGGCAAAUUCUAGAUCUCUUAUGCAGCUGCUUCGUCUUUUAGACGACGGUCACGAUGACAAUGACACAGAAACUGACAUUGACGAUGAACCGGUGGAGACACAACCCCGACACUCGCGCAACUCCGAUGUCGCUGCUACAACUCAGCAACGUGCCAAGCCACAGAACCAGCCCCCUGCCUCGUUUAACAACAAAGGCACCCAAAACAUGAGAGGUCUUAUAAACAACGCUGGUUACACCAAAGGCAAUGGUAAUGGAGCCAUCAUCUUUGGUGGUUUUGAUUCUUCCAAUAGGCGAUAUAAUCGCUAAUGUUGUAUUAGUACCCAUCAAAAUCAUGUAAUGUUCUGUAAUAUAAAUUGGGGCAUGUAAGGUCUCAAUAGUUAAAUAAAAUGGUGAGGUUUCAAUACCUCUCAUCUUAAUAAAUAUUUCUCUGUUUUUAUUA